AUGGUGAGUGGGUGCCACGUAGAGUCGCUUACAACUACUCCAUAGUUCUGUUAUCUUUCUCUCCUCCUGCCGUAUUUUCUUUUUCAGACAAAUCAAUCCGGUGGUAGCAAAGCUUCACCAAGUUCCGGUCCGGCUGCUAGAGGCGGUGGCACAAGGCAGCGCAAAGUACGUUUUACUCUUCGUUCAGGAUUACUCUAUUUUCAUCAAAAAGUUUCGUCUAUUUAGAAUAUCAUGGUCGGCCUUCAGUUACCACUUCUUUAGCGUCCAAAACUAAUUAUACCUUGCCUGCUCUUUAGUUGCAACGGCCCCUAAGUAGCCGUCAAUGUCUGUGUAGUGCUCUUAAUGUAUCUUACGUGUUUUUUGACAUUUCGUCGUACGAAAUUAGCCAUAAGUCGUUCAGCACAUACCGAUUUUGGGUAGUAUCCAUUUAACAGUGAAAGAGGGACACGCAUCGAUCGUGUUACGAAUCUUGCUCGUCCCGAUGCGCCUUGGAGCUCCCUCACGAGUCCACCUAGCAGAAAAACAACGCUGCGUAAUAUAAACAGGGCUCGUGAAAACCCUAAGGCACAGUGGGACGAGUGAGUUCCGUAACAUGGUCGGUGCGCGCCUCUACUAUUGUAAAUAUACCCGAUCGCAACCGUCGGGACGGGCCUGUGGCUGAGUAGUUAGUGCCUUGAACUUCUAAUCGACAGAUCGCGGAUUCGAGCGUCGGGAGUUGCAUGCGUUGGAGUCGGACAUGAAUCAGUGAUGACGAUGAACAAUGCAGAAAUGAUUAUUCCACUUCCCUUUGUUCUUCCGGCAACGCAUUUCGCGCAAAAUCCUUUUGUAGGUCUUUUAUCCAGACUUAAUUGUCGCAAACCGUGGCAACUACAUGAAACCCAAUGGAUUACUGUUUCUGAAUCGAAUUCUACGUUAACGACCCCUCGAACUCGCACUUAAGUUCUUUGUCACCGUUAAGUGAGCGCGUACAGCCCGAUUUAGGUCCAAUCGCAUGUCCUUGUGUGCCCCUCAGUCGCGCAGCUAAUUGUUCUCGUAGCGCUUGACAAGCGGGUAGCAGCUCGGUAAGCCUGUUUUCUUUAUCAUCAGCCACGCCUCCUGUAGUUAACAUGCAUUCCAAUUGGCGGAAAGUCGUCAUGCCGUCGAAGGCUAACUAGUCGCAUGUAGAUGGAGAAUGGACGGACAAGCGUAGGGCCAGUCUCUUUGGUCAUUUAGAGGCACCGUUAAGUGACUUCGUCAAGAAACCAGGUGCUUAACCAUUGUUCAUUGGUCGUAGUCCCGUUUUGCGAAUUCUUUUGCAGUCUGUGUACUCGCAGGCCUCGGGAGGGAAGUGUGUCUCGUUUAUGAUGAAUGACCUUUAGCUUCCCAACUACAUUUUGUAGGUCUUUUGCAUGUUUCCAGAAUCUCGUGCUAACGUUUUAUCACACCCAUUAGAAACCUCUGUUCUUAAUGGUUGGACCAAGCUUUAUGAGCUCGGCCCUGUACUAUCAUUGUUGCCGACCUCUUGUAUUUUCUCGGUCAUACCGCAACACUUUUUGCGUGUUGGUUGUUGGCCGCCUCGCAGUGUACAGGUAGGAAAUUAGUCCUCGUGACUUAAAGUCCAAAUUUGCCGCCUCUACAUUUUAUUUUUCACUAAGCACAUCAACAUGAUUAUUUUUGUCUAGUCGACGGGCACAACAUCUCGCAGGCCACUGACCGUCUCAACUCCCAAAAGCCCAGUCUUCCUUUUCUACUCCGAGGAUUCUCCCGGCAUCAAAGUCGGCCCUGUUCCCGUCCUGGUUAUGAGUCUUUGCUUUAUUGUGUCUGUGUUUUUGCUCCAUUUUUGGGGCCGGUAUACCAAGAGCGCUUGA